AUGCCUCCCGACAACAGCAAGGGAGAUUAUUACGAAGUGCAAGCCAAGAAUAUAUUGAAGCGAGUGCCACUUGUGGAUGGACAUAACGAUCUCGGCUGGCACAUCAUAAAGAACUUCAAGGGAGAUCUGGAGAAGGUUGAUCUGAGGAAGGACACCCGGGCACAGUUUCCUGCGGACCCCGAGUUUCUGGCGCAGACAGACAUCCCCCGUAUACGACAGGGACAACUCGGAGCUCAGUACAGGGACAGCGUCUCCUGGGCUCUCUCCACCAUAGACAUCAUCAAGCAGUUCGUCCACAAAUACUCCGACACCUUCCGUUUUGUCACAGCUGUGGAUGAUAUCAUGCCCACUUUCCGUGACGGUAAAGUAGCUUCGAUGAUUGGCUUAGAAGGGGGCGAAAUGAUCGACAGUAACCUGGCCAUACUGCGCAUGUACUAUGACCUUGGAGUGAGAUAUUUGACCUUGACCUGGAGCUGUGACACCCCAUGGGCAGAUUCCUGUAACGAUACACGAUACAACGAUCCCAACCACCAUGGCUUAACAGACUUUGGAAAGAGAGUGGUGCUUGAAAUGAAUCGGCUAGGUAUGAUGGUGGACCUCUCUCACACUGCAGUCGACACCAUGUACGACGCCCUCAACGUGUCAGUCGCCCCUGUCAUCUUCAGCCACUCGUCAUCCCAUCACGUCUGUCCACAUGAGAGGAACGUCCCUGACGAUGUCGCUAAACUCCUGGCUGCCAAUAAUGGCAUUAUCAUGAUUAACGUGUACCCUCGGUUCAUCAACUGCACUAUGGAGAACAAGCAUGGCGAUGACAACAGAACCGCAUCCGUGGCCCAAGUCGCAGAUCAUUAUGACUAUUUCCGCAAGCUGAUAGGCUCCCAGUACCUUGGUAUUGGCUGUGACUUCGACGGGUCGGGGGUGAAUGGAGAGAUGGCCGACGUGUCGAGCUACCCUCUAUUAUUCGCUGAGCUGCUCCGGAGGGGCUGGUCAGAGAGAGAGCUGGAGAAUGUUGCUUUUAGAAACUUCUACAGAGUGUUUAAACAGGUGGAAACGGUGCGUGAUUCCAUGAGAUCUGUGGUACCGGACAGCACACUUCUCGACAGGUCGGCGGUUCCAGACCAAUCCUGUUUAUCCACACUGCCAUAUUGGCCAUAACACGAAGAACUGGUUCAUGAAUAAAGCAAAUACAACAAGC